AAAUCAUACGCGAAGAUCCUUUUUGUCAUUGACAAAAGUACUAUGGGUCAAACAGAAUAAGGGGUCAUCGCAGGUAGAAGGACUACACACAGAUAAUGGCGUCAAGUACACCAAUAAAAAAAACACCGGCUUGUUUGCAAAACGGUUGUAGAUAGCUUUCUUGUUCCGGUGGCAAUAUUUGGUCGAUCGGUAGGUGCUAAUCCUUAAAAAAAAUAAUUAGGCAAGGCCGAGACGACAAUUAGCAAGACCAGGUCAUAAAAGAGAUUCCCUGGUCCACACAAAACGAAUAUUUAAUAGUAUGGUUAGAGCAGAGAGUCAACCAUUCACUCAGCAAACAUCUGGAGAACAGCAUCGUCAUCAACCGAAAUGGAUAACUCUACGACGACCUUAAGCUACACCCACAAGCAGCUUGACCAACGCCCAGAAUCGAACACGGAUAGUCUGACGUACCAGGAGAAGCAAUCCGCCAAGCGCCGCCAAACCAAGGAACUCUUCCGCCCCUGGCUGGACAAGGCAUCCCCACCCACAGCCUGUCCACCAGAGUCCACUGCUCCCGCCUUGGGUCCCACCUUCAGGCCGACACUCGCUGAGACGCCCCGCCAGCUCAGCCCCCGGGAGCACCAGCGUCGACAUCGCAGUCUCCUGGCCAGUCGCCGGGCCGAGCAGGCACAGGCGCAGUACCUCGAACUUAUGGCCGUGCUGGAGCAGCAGGCUCACACGAAUCUCUACUACCGUCAGCUGCUGCCUCGGCAACAUCAGCAGUUUCUCAAGCAGAUGGCCCUCGACCAGCAAAUGCUCGCAAAUGGAGCACAGCAAUAAUAUGGACGGCGAGGCGAAGAGGAGAUAUCUAUAUUGAUUAUGGACCAUAAUGUGAUUUAGACCCUAAUUUAAUAAGCCCUAAUUUUUUUAUUGAAUAAAAAAAUCUUUACUCGGUGUUA